ACCCUUUGGUUUGACAUAAUCUGGGUUAGAUCGAUGCGCUUGUCCAUUGAUACAUGUUAAGUAUCCUUGAACUUUAGAUUAAUCCUUUAUAUUUGCAACACAUGCCUGGUUUAUCUAAAAACUUUGAACAUGGAUAAAAUUGCAAAUAUUUUGAACAAUUCACCAACAAUCGAGGAUUAUCUACCAAAAAACUGGAAUGUAAUCCGUAAAACGCGCAAAGAGCCAUUAAAUGAUGAUGGAGAUACUGAUUUGUUGAUACCUUCCUUUGAGCACUGUCUAAGAAAGAACCUGGAUAAUAAGGUAAAGGACUUCAGAGAACAAAUAAAAAAAGCUCCACAACAUAAGGAUUUAAUAUCAAGAACAAAGGUUCCCCUUCUACAUCAUAGAGAUACUUCAGCCAAACUAGUCCCUGACUCAUUUUAUUCCACUAAUGAACGCACAAUUAAUAGGAACUAUAAUGAUGUAAUAAAUGAGCUAGAGGCUGAUGACUAUGAUCUGUAUAGGUUGCAUAGGGAAGCAUGUACAGUUUUCAAUGACACUCAUGAUGCAUGCGCAGAAACAUCUUCAGCUCCGGAGGAAUUACCAAUUCCGUCAAUCAUUGCUGCUAGGACGAUAAGAGCGAUUAUAAAUUUGAGGUGUUCGCAACAUUCAGUCGAUAGACGAUCUGAUCGCUUAUCCCCUGAGGAUACAGCUGUUCCGAUAACAAAAUCCGACACUUUCAAGUUCAAUAAUUCUCAAAUAAUGACUCAGAUAAUCGAAAAAUCUGAAUCAAUUCCUUCAAAUACAAAUAGAUCGUCACCAAGAUCUGAGAAAAGUAAUAUUACAAGCUCCGAUUUGGAAAGUGUAAAAGGAUUAGAAGAGGAAGAUACAAUUACUAGUAAUGUUGAGAUAGAUUGUUCCCCUGCAUCUAAUGAUGCUAUUUCACAUGCUUCAGAUGAUGAUACACACAAUAAAACUGAUAGUGCACAUGAAGAUGUCAUAAAUGAGGAUCUUUUUACACCAACGAACGUUGUUGAUGCGGUGUACGAAGAAAGCGUCAGUGAUUCGCAAUCAAGUCAUCAUAGUAAUCUGUCUGAAGAACAUUCAGACGUAGAGUCUGAUUUGUGUAUUAACAAAGAAGAGUUGGAUGCUAUAGUAAAUGAUAUUAUCGAUGAACUAGAGACAUCCAAUUCAGCUAGCUUUAAAAAUGAUGCCACAUCGGAUAACGAAUUGGAGGUAGGUGCAGAAACUUCUAAAUUGGACGUUGAAGUUGACUGCGAAACUGUGCAAGAAUCAGGUUUUAAGGAAGACGCUUCUGACCCCGGGAGGGAUGAUUCUACAUCAGAUAUUAAUGCUGAGGAUGAAUCUGUAGAGGUUGGAUUAGACUUGGAACAAAAUCAGGAAAUUUUAGAGAAUAAUCCAGAAAUAUCUGAUACUAUCCAAUGUGACGAUCAAGAAGCUCUUAGUUCCAAUAAUGAAGAUACCCCUGAGAUUAAAAAUAUAGAGAAUACAUCAAGUUCUGAGUAUGAAUUAGAUGAUAGGACGGAGAUCGAUAAUAUCCCUGAAGGCGGAAAUGAAAGUGAUUCUCCUGAAUGUAAAGAAGAAAUAAAAGAAUCUGAAUCAGAAGAAGAAAAAAACGAAAUAUGUAUAUUAGGGUUGAAAGAUACACCUAGUCCUGUCAACUCAGAAAACGAAGCAGAAAGUUCUAUAUCAGAUAUUUUCCCUAUUUCACAUGAGACUUCAUCCAGAGAUUGUGAGCCAAAUGAGAGAUCAUCCGAUAAUUCCCCUGCCCUUGAGGUGUCUUUGCCACUUUUUCUUUCAGAUGAAAGUGUUAGUGAACAGGACUUUGAUGACACAGCUAUGGAGCCAAUUACAGAACUUGAGGUUGAACAGACAACAAUGGAUCAUAUUUAUGAACAUGUAUCGAUUUACAGCGAUUCCAAACAUAGCACUCCUAAAUCUUAUGUACAAAGUUCCACAGACGUAUCUGAAGAUGAGGCAAUAACGGAGGGGCACAUGGAAGAGAUGGUAGAUGUACCUAGUUCUGAUAAACACGAGAUAGAUGAACCUUUAGAAGAUGGUGUUUGUAUGGAGGAAACUGUAGUAUCGGAUCAGGUUUCUCUAAAUGAUGCUCCUAUAGGGUCUGAACAUACUGAAGAAUCUAGUGAUGCUUUGGAAGAUGAUAGUUUAAUUAAUGAGAUAAACGACAACAUUAUGUCCGAAGAAAACAUCAAUUCUAGCCAAAGCUCACCUAAUACGAACUAUGAUGCAACUAAGAAUAUAUCAGAAGACCUGGACGUAUUGUCAAAUUACGAUUCCGACAGUGACUUAGAGUUGGACAGUAGUGUCUAUAGCGACAAAGAUUCAAAUGAUUCCGAAAGUUUGCAUCUUUAUUUUUCUGAUAUGGAAUUAGAAGGGAGCAACAAUCACAAAGAAGAUCCGUUGGAGCCGGAAUCAGAAUCUCCAGGUUUCUAUGACUCUCCAUCCGGGGAAGAACUUGAAAAUUGAGGAUGUUUUUAUUAUUAAUCGCAAGAAUGUAUUCAUAUACCACGUUUUGAAGUGAAUAGUGU